UCUUUAGUGUACACUUGUACUUUGCUUCCCCAAACACAAGAAACGGACCAGCUGGAGACUGAUGUCUGUUGAUCAAACUACGACCAUCAUGGAGCUAGCGUUUUCGCUUCUGAUCUGUGCUUCUCUAUUCACGCCUUCCCUUCAAUAUCCAGGAACCCGCUCUCCUAACAUCACUGAUCUCACAUUCAAAAACAUUGACUUUGCCAUGAACCUUUAUGUUAAGAUUGCGAGUAGCCACGAUAACAACAUUUUCUUCUCGCCACUGAGUGUUUCUACAGCAUUCGCUGCUCUUUCUAUGGGAGCCAGGAACGCUACUCGCAGUGAAAUCCUGUCAGGACUGAACCUGGACACGUUGGAACAGGGUGCGCAGCUGGAACUUAUUCCAGGGCUCUUCCAGCACCUGCAGGGAAACAUCAGCCAAGCUGGAACACUGAAGUUAGAACAGGGAACAGCACUUUUUGUGGACCUGCACUUUCAAAUAGAGAAUUUAUUUAGUGAUCAGAUCAAGUUCUACUUUAAUGCUGAUGUACAAAAUGUGGAAUUUAAAAAUGCUGCAAUCAGUAAGGAGAUCAUAAAUAAGCAUGUGGAGGAGAAAACCGGUGGUAAAGUGAAGGAGCUGGUGACUACCCUUGAUCCCUUAACUCGAAUGAUGCUAAUAAAUACUAUCUUCUUUCAGGGUGCCUGGAAGUAUCCUUUUAAUCCAAACAGCACAGAAAUUGGUCGAUUUCAUGUAGACAAAUACAACAUUGUCCAGGUUCCCAUGAUGUUCUGUGUGGACAAAUUUUUGGUUGCCAGUGAUGAUGAGCUUAAAGCAAAGGUGUUGCGUCUCCCUUAUGUGGGUGGGGCAUCUAUGCUCAUUGUCUUGCCUGACCUCCAUGUUGAUUACACUACUAUAGAUGAUGAGAUUAAUGCAGAGAGAUUUCUUAUGUGGAUCAAGAAUAUGAAGCAAAAGAAACUGGAGGUCUCUCUGCCCAAAUUUACAAUGGAACAGUCCUAUGCCCUACACAACAUUCUGCCAGCCAUGGGAAUUCAAGAUGUCUUCAAGGAUACUGCUAACUUCAAAGGCAUGAGCCAAGAGCCUGGUCUGAAAAUCUCCCAGGUUUUGCACAAAGCUGUGAUUGAGGUGAAUGAGAAAGGCACCACAGCAGCAGCAGCUACAAGCGUGGGCAUCACACCAUACUCCAUGCCAGAAUCCUUUUUCAUUAACAGGCCCUUCUUCCUUUUUAUUUACCAUGAAGCAACCAACAGUCUGUUGUUUAUGGGAAGGGUAAUUGACCCGACUAAGAAAUAAACCAUUUGUACUGUCAGAUAAAUGAAGUGCCUUAUUCCACCUUUGCCCAUUAAAUUUUCUGUCUUGUAACCAGA